AUGGCGGCCGUGACGUUCGAAGAGGAGGUUUCCAGGCUGGCUGCCCGCGAAGCGGCCAUCUCGCCGGCGCUGGUGAGGACGGCCGUGGGGACACUGGCACGCAGCAGCACGGCCCGCGCGGCUGCCGAUGCCCUGUUCCAUCUCUUCGCCGGCACCAUCAGCUUCCUCUUCGCCGCAACAUUCCUCUACCUCGUCGUGUUCCGGGCCUGCGUCGAGAACUGCACCGUGGCCUCGGUAGUUUGGGAGAUCUUGGUUUAUUCUGGUAUGCUCUCCCUGCUACUCAUAGUGCCAGCGAUGGUGCUCUUCUUCCUGCGCGCCGCCGGCAGCGGCAGCGAGGUCAAGGAUGAUGUGGAGGGUCGCGUCCGUCGGUGGCCGCUAAUCUGGCACGCGUCUGUGGCGUUCUUCCACUUGGCGCUCUUGGUGGGACUCAUCGGGCUCGUUCUUCAAAUCUGUGGCGGGUCUCAAGAGGUUUCUUACCUUCUCCGCAUUGCGGCUGUGCUGUGCAAGCUCCUACUCACCGUGCUCUUCUGCAUCCGUGCUGCUGUGGCGCUGUGGAGUAUGAAUCCUCAGCAGCCGGCCGCAGUUGGUGCUGCGGUAGUGUGA